GGGCUGGAGCAAGGCUGCUGCUCAGAACAGGACCCAGGAUGUGUCGAUUCACACCCGCGCCGCAGGAGAGCUGCACUUUAGGAAUCACUCAAACACCGCCCGGGUUUGGCGCUGCGUAAAGACGCCCAGGCAGCCCCCGAGACGAGCCAGCCUGCUUCUGAUUCAGCCCGGAGGCUUGUCCUGGCGCAGCGAAGAGCUGGAAGCCUGGGGGCGGCCGGGGCCUCUGACCCAGGCCCACAGGGACACGUGAAAAAAUAUUGACCCUGGCUCAGCGCAGCCCCUUUCUCCAGGGGAACCUGGCUUCGGGGAGCCAGCACCGUCCUUCCAGCCCGCAAGGAGAGCGCGCCAGACCCCUGCGAUGAGCUGCCGGGGGGGAAAUGGGCCCUCUCAGGUCUAGCUCCUCCAGGAGCGCCUCUCCCCAAGGGCUGGGCCGCUGCUCUGCGCCUCACACCCACCCAGGGGGCUGGGGACCCUCCAGGCCUCUCUGCCCAGGAUAAAAGAAGCAGGGGAAGUUCGGGCCGGACUAGGUCGCAGCUCGCCUGCGCCCCCAUCACCCCUGGGCUGUGGAUGCCUCUGGCAGCCGGCUCCCAUGUCGGGGCCAGGCCGCAGGGGCCGCUUCCUCGCCUCCGCUUCCCUGGGGGGGGAAACCGACCGACAGCCAGGCCCAGGAGGCAGCCGGAGCACGGAAGGGAAGGAUCGCGGAGCAAGUGGCGUCCGGCCUCUGCCGAACCAGCAGAUGCUCUCCCAACUCAAACUCUGGAGGUAGCAGAACAGUCCAGAGGAUUUUGGCAGCAUGCAUGAUCUCCCUGUUUACCCUCCUAGGAGCCAUCUCUCUUGAUUUAAGCAGUAGUUUUGAAAAGUGGAGAAACACAGAGAAAGCUCUUCAGGAAUUUUCCUCUUGUGAGAAUCUUUUGGCUAUUCGCCUUAUAGUUCUCCUCCAGGAGGAAAGACGUAUCUGCUGUUGGGACCAACCAGCUAGGAGGAAUGGGUCUUGGCAUGCUCAGCUACUGGAAAAGUUAAACUCUCUUUGCCAAGAGACCAAGGAGACAUUAUACAGCAAGAACCACCAAUGCAUGGAAGAGAAAGGAUCUGCCUGUGGGAUUUACAUCACUAAAAUGAGAGAAAGAUUAAACAACACCUGGGAUAUUGAGCCUGGUGUGGUGUUGUCUAGAGUUAUCUCAGAAUUGCUGGAGGCUUUUGAUAGCUCCAAUGAGGACCUGAUAACUGUGAGAUCCAACCCCGACUGGGCAGAUGUGAUGUCUCUUAGACUCAUACUUAGAGUAAAGGAAGUCAUCCUCCGAGCUCAUGAGAUGCCCAAGGCAUCACCACCACCUAGAAGCUUGCAGUCAGCAUGGCAGCCAGUCACCACCAUUCUGAACUAUGCUAUCUUCACAUCAGAGAACGUACAGACGUGCUGGAUGGAGAACAUGAACCUGUCACGCUAUUUCACUCACUAUGAAGGCAUUUCUCUUUUCAUCCCAUUCCUGGGCUCAUCCCCACCAAUUCCCAGCAGAAACCUGGCCAAGGAACUCAAUUAUGUACAGAGCUGCUUAUUACAGAAAGGGCACGAAAAACUCCAGAGGAAGUCUAAGGAAAUCAUCUCCACAAUUAGCCUUAAGAUCACACUACUGGUGAUAGCCUGCCUCAUCUACCCCAUAGUCCUGGUGUCCUUUAAACAAAUGACAGAUUGGAUCCAGAAUUACGCCAGGAGCCUUAAAGAAAGAACAGAAGACUUGAAGAGGGAGAGGCGGCUGGCUGAGGACCUCCUGCACCAGAUGUUACCAAAAUCUGUGGCAAAGCAGCUGAGGAAACACAAACACGUUCAGGCAGAAAACUAUGACCAGGUGACGAUCUUUUUCUCUGACAUUGUGGGGUUCACGAGCAUCGCUGCCUCCUGCACCCCCCUGCAAGUUGUUGAGAUGCUCAACAACCUCUACAACUGCUUCGACACCAGGAUCGAAUCCUAUGAUGUUUACAAGAUAGAGACCAUCGGCGAUGCCUACAUGGUGGUGAGCGGCCUGCCGGAGAGGAAUGGCGAGAAGCAUGCUGAUGAGAUUGCCAAAAUGUCUCUGGACCUGGUGGCUGCGGUCCGACAGGUCCUGAUCCCCCACAUGCCAAGGGGCAGGCUGCAGCUGCGGGCUGGGAUCCACACAGGCCCCUGCGUGGCUGGCGUUGUUGGGUACAAAAUGCCCCGUUAUUGCCUCUUCGGGGACACGGUGAACACAGCUUCUCGCAUGGAGUCCACCAGCCUGCCUCAGAAGAUACACAUCAGCUCCGCUACCUAUCAAGCUCUGCUUAUGGACGAUGCCUAUGAAAUCGAGCUGAGAGGGGAAAUUGAAAUCAAGGGCAAAGGCAAAAUGAAAACCUACUGGCUCCUUGGGAACAAGAACUACAGCGUCCAAAAUGACAGCCUGGUCUGCCACUGGAAUCCAGCCAUCUCCAGGAAAAAGAAGAUGGAGAACAGUCUGAUGUCUGCCCAACAAUCGAGUACAGGGUCUGUGGGCGCAAUGCUGAGCGAGAGAAGCACCUUAGCAUCUCAGGAUGGGACGGGAUCAGCCGGCCACACCAGAGUAAACUCUGACCUGGCUUGGACAGCUGGGAGUUCUAUCAGCGACGCAGGCCGGGAGCCGAAGAACGGGUCUCAUCACAGCUACCCGCAGAGCCUCAAGAAUAACAUGGUUCCACUGGGCUCUCCAGUGUCCGGGCAAGGGGACAACGGUGCCAGUCUGGACCAAGGGGAGUAUCUCGGAGAUUAUGGGAGUGGAUUGCUGGAAGAAAAUGGGUUUCUCCCAGGGUUUGUGGAUGGGAUGUGACCCAUGAUGGGGGAAUGGACUUUCCCCGGGUACCAUCAUUUGCUAUUAAAGUGCCGCAUCUUUUGUAUUUAGCAAUCAUUCUGGCUUCCGAUUAACAGGGGAAGCCAGCCAGCGAUAGGAUCUAAAACUGGAGUAGAAAUAGGGGAAAAGUGUUUUUUUCUCUAACCCAGGAGACAGUGUGAUGCUACAGCUGGGACCCCCGCACCAACCGGGGUGAGAGAGAGAUCAGGUCAGAUUCUGCUCGUCUGUUACUCCAGAUUUACCCCAGUGUAACUCCUUUCACUUCAGUCAUGUUAUUCUGGUGUUGCUGCAGUGUAACAAAGCAGAAUGUAUCCCUAGGAGUCCAGAAACUUGGCUAACAGAAUAGGGAGCCAACCGCCUAUGAAGAAGAGGGUGCAUGUAACGUCAGCAUGUGUCAGGGAAUAUGGAAAUACGCCUCUUUAAUUCCAGUGCCUUUCUGGGCCAGGUCUAUGUGAGACGAACGGUGCGUGAAGGGUGCUUAACUCUCCUUUUCUCUAACUCCCUGCAGCAGUCCCUCUUCCCAGCUCACCCCCAGAGCAGAGGAAAUACCCACCCCACCUGGCCCCUCCCAAAUCUCUGUCUAGGCCUUGGGGGAGUCUGUUUAUAACGGAGCAGCGAGAGGUGGCUGCAGCUCAGUUAACAAUGCGCGGGGAGGCCAGGGCCCUCUGUUGAGAGUAUAGCUUGGUUUUUUCCUCCCUUGGAUUUACACACCACGUCACCUAUCACAAUGAACAGGAGCUGAGGCAACUAUGGCAGAAAAGGGAAUCAGCAGUUCAGGGCUCACUGCAGGGAGGCAGGACAGGAAGUCAAGGCCCCAGGGUGGUCUCAGGAGCAGAUUAUUUGGGUGGCAGGCACAAUUGGGAAGCUGCACCCUGUCUUCAUUUCUCUAUUGUCAGAAUAUACGUUGUUUCAUGCACCUCAGAUCCAUUUGGUCUGUGUUGUCUUCUGCCAGGCCAUCCCAGUUCCCUGGCUACUAAUGGGGACUGUGAAACAUCAAAGGGAUGCUGCUGAGGUUCUCUCUUCACAGGCUGAAAGCCUGCAUCAGUCCCAUCAAUCAACCCGACAAGGUCACUGCAGGGAGCACGUGUGUGUCAAGCUACGGAAAGUCUCCUAAAUCGCUGAGUGAGGUGCUGUGGUACAUGGAUGCACUGCAUGGAGACUGCAAGGACGGAAUCCUUCCACCAGGCUUCAGCCAGCGCUCAGCAGAUGUGAUGCGGGUUAAGCAGGAGAGGGGGAAUGCAGCAGACGCUGCUGAAAAGCCACCACUUUCGAGGCAGAGCAAGCAAAUGCCACAGGUGCAAAAGAAGCAGCCAUAAAAGGAGAGGGAGAGAGGCAGCUGAUUAUGCAGGGCGGCAGGAGCUGGAGGAGCACUUUGCUGUCUGUGAUUGUUAGGAAAAUCCUGGGUCGAGAUCAGAAACGAGUUAUUUGCAUGGGAAAGGAGCCCAUUCAGAUCCUCCCCGGUGAGGAAAAUUGCAGAAAAUGGCCCCGUCUCCAUGAUGAAAGGCAGCAAUUAGUGUCAUUAGUGCAACUGGCUUUGGUUCAGCUCUGAACCAGCCCAGCCAGGGUCUGCUUCAGCCACAGACAGGAAGGACCAGUGCGGAUCCUCUUUCUAUGCACUGGGUCUGUGCUGCUCCACAAUUAGCGGCAUGGUGGAAGGGUAGCUGGGUUCCAGGUGAUUUUCAGGGGGGCCUGUGCUUGAGACGCAGCAAGGCCGGCGCUAGGUGAGGCUUGGGGCUGUGUUCCAGCGGGUUGGGUCCUCUGCUGAGACUGACUCUUAGUAGGGCAGGCCCUUGUCUGGGCAAGCCGGGGCCUGAGCUUGAUUGGAAUGACUUCUUUUGCCUGCAUUAUGCCUCGGCAGUAGCUGGGCCCAUGACUGUGCCAUGGCUGCCUGGGCUGGAACAAAAUCUGUGCUUGGAAUUAGAGACACAGAGGGGUGAGAGGCACAGACAGACCGCUCCCCUUGUCUCUGAGCAUGUCUGCCUCCUGGAUGGAUGCCGAGUUUUAGGUAAGGCCCUUGACAGUGACAAACAUUGUUUGGAACUGGGCUCCAAAUUUCUGUGGCUGCAACCAGCACUGUAAAUCCAAAGGUGAACGCAAGGCUCCUGCUGUCUCCUACAAGAGGGGCGUUAAAUAAAAUAUUGACAAUUUUCUAUCUUUCAUAACACGGCACGCUGGGGUCUCAGGACUCUGGUUUUCCAGCAGUGGGGGAUCUUGCAGCAGCUGGUGUGGCUGUACCAUUAAAUCAGAGGGGGGACGCGUUUGAUUUCAAAAGAAGGACCUCGGUUCUUCAUGGUGGGGAACCCGCUAUGCAUGUGCACGGACACAAAUGUCCAUUCACAUGCAUUUGCAUUCUCCUGUCUUCUGAGAGGCACACUAAUGUCAAAUGGCACUCGGAUUCAUAUCAGUCUUUAUGGUCACACAAAGUUGACUUGCUAAUAAAGCUUAGCACUUCUCAGACUUCUCUGCCUACAUAACUAAUUAAUCCUCACAACCUACCUCUGAGUUAGGGAGGCCUCUGUUCCCAUUUUGCAGGGAGAGGCUUUUUGUUGUUCACUUGUACCAUGCAAAGCACACUGAGGGCCCUGAUCGAGGUUCCCUAGGCAAUACAAAUAAUUAAUACUACUACUACGGAUGGGGCAAACAGAGGCAGAGAAAGGUUAAGUGAUUUGCCCAGGUCUACAUAGUAAACCAAUGUCAGAGCUGGGAUUAGAAAUUGGGAGCUCCUCCCCCCUAGCCCUAAGAUCAGACCACUAGCCCUCACCCCUCUCUUUAAUAGGAUAGUGAGUGGGAAAACAGCAGAGCUUUAAAUUCCAUGAGAAUCGUGUGUCCUUAACUGGGUUUUGCUUAGCCAGCCAUGGUAGAACAUGUAAAAAAAAAAACCAAUGUAUCUGGGAUCUCUCUUCUGCAACCUUCAUAGGAUGGGGAUAUGUGGCUAGGAUUAGUCUAACUGGUUAUUGGAUUUCAAGCCAGACAGACAUCUGGAAGAGCAUUUACCACCUGACCAACUAAGUCAAUCUUGACAACAUAGGAGAGUUACCAUGUG